AUGAGCCCUAAAUCAUCAUCUACCCUGGUCAUCACUACCCUCCUGCUCUUCGCGUUUUUCGAAUUGGGUGUUUGCAGAGAGGUAAGGUUGCUAUCAGAUAAUAUUCAAGAAAUUCCCAUUGUAGAGGGCGGCGAACAAGAGGACCUCGUUCGAUUUGCGAUCGAUGAACAAAACAAAAAGGAGAAUUCUAAGCUUGAGUUUGUUAGAUUGGUGGAUGUGAAAGAACAGGUGGUGGAUGGUAAGAUGUAUUAUCUGUCUUUCGAGGCAAACGAUGCUGGUAAUAUAAAAUUAUACGAAGCUAUAGUUUUGGUGAUACCGUGGAGAGAUAACUACAGGGAGGUGGAAGUCUUUAAGGCUAUCGAUGAGGCACAUGUAGGGUCCCCAGAACACAAUCCGUUUAACCUCGAGGGUUAA